GCGCUCUCAGUGGAGGCAGCUGUGUCCUUAUACUACCUUGAGAAAAGGAUGGGAAAACCGUACAAAACCCGUUUCCAGGUCAACACGGGGUUAGACUAGCUGAAGGCGACCCUCGUUACGCUCUUGAACGCGCUCGCUUUGAAUCCCCCACCCCCUGCAUACAAAAUUGACGCGCGUGUUUGGAGCUCGUGAGGAAAAUGCUGACGCGUUUGACCGUUUCGUCAGCGUGUUUGACGUGUAGACUGCUGAGGGAUAUUUAUUACUCUUAAGGACUUUUUAUGGAGGCGAACGAUCGUCGAAAAAUAUUUCGUAAACGCGGAAACACUUUCUUGGGAGAACGACAUGAAUUUGGGAUUUUUGUAUAGGCCUUAUAAUGAGAAACGAUGUGUAGGUUACGACAGUAGCCUACUGAGGGAUAUUUAUUACUCCUAACGACUUUUUAUGGACGCGAAUAUCGUCGCGAAGAUGUUGUUAUGUGGAAAUACUUUUGGGGUAAACAGAAUGUUUGGAAAUAGACGUUAAUAUAAACGCAGGUAUGUUUUAUUAUUUAUCCUCAAAUCUCGUAUUCUGCACCAUUUUCCAUUUAACGAAUAUUUGAUUGCAUUAUUAAACAAGAAAACAAUAAUUCUUUCCACAGCAAACAAACUCGAAUGAUCAUCUCAAACAUCCUGUGUGAAACUCUUUCUCUGAGAACGUCCUUGCUUUUGGAAACGUUUUGAAUAUUGUGAGAUAAUUUAAACGACGUGUUUUACAUAUUACAGGAUAUUUAUUGCUCCUUCGCGACUUUUUGUGGACGUGAGCGAUCGUCUUAUAUGUGGAAAUACUUUAAAUUUGGGGAUGUUUUGAAUAAAAUACAGCGCUAAUUAUUUUUUUUUAAAGCUUUUACUGCAGCGUUUUCAUUUACAGAACAUUUAUCUCUCAUUGAACAAGCGUAUACAGUGUUUCAUGUGGAAAUAACACAAUUUGGGAAUUUUAGCGAAUUUUUGGGACAGAUUUCUCUCUUAUUAAACCAGGAAAAUUCAUGUUGCACUAAUGUAUGAGGAAACUGAUAACCUCAUUUGGAUAAACUGAACGAGACUUCAGCAAGAGUUUGGCGCAACUACAUCCACUGGUGAUGCCGGAGGUCACUUCCACCAGAAGUGAUAGGCUAACAUCCAAAGGCAUUAUGUUUUUAUGCAACACCACAGCCAUCAAGGACUGGAGUUAUUUUCUCUCUCAGAUCUUGCCUCUUGUGAAUAAAUCAGCGGGAUUUGUUCAUAAGAGUAUGGAUCGGGUGGAGGCGGUGACGAGCACCAUGGUGACGGCUCUGGAGCCCGAUCUGAGCGGGAUGAGCGCCAGUCAUCCGCCGCUCAACUCCAAUCACACAUCCGGGAUGGAGCACGUCUUUCAGUACUCGUACUCCGAGAGUGACCUGCAGUACACGGACUACAGGACGCCGCAGAGGGACUCGAUACCGCUGCCCAAGGCGGUGCUGUACCUGGUCAUGGCCGCGCUGGUGGUGGUCGCCGUGGCUUACGCGAUCGUGGGGCACCUGGUGAAGGAUCUCGUGCAUGAGUUUUUGGAGUGGGUGUUUGGGCCGCGUUCAGACGACCGCAGGAGCAAGAGUGAGGUGAACUGCAUCAGCAGCAGCGUGAAUGAAAUGAGCGAACUCUCGCGUCCAGUGGACACGUGCUGCAUCGUGUACAAUCACUCCGAGUCCCUGAACGCCAUGAAGCCGGAAGAACUGGUGGUCACCAUCGAUGAGACCUUGCAGGACCUACCUCGUGAAGCUUACAGUGGAACCUAAAUGAGAAAAACAACCGCGGUUUGAUCCAGCCCUUUAUUAUGAGGAGAAAAGCACGGUUGCUUCAGUUUGAUCAGCAUCUGUGAGCCGGUGCAGUAAAGUCAGAUGACCAUUGGCGGUCAUGUGGAAUUUAGGAGACUUUAGAAGGAAUGGAAUCACAAUAAAGUACAUGUACAUGUUCUUUAUCGGAGUGCUGUGAGACACUAUAUUCUUUGAACUCGAGAAAGAGGAGAGACACUUCUUUAUCAUUCAUAUCAGUGUUAUUUUUCUUGUUUUGUGGAGACAUGCACUGUGAAUCUAGAAUAGUGUUCUGCUGUUAUCCGUUUCAUACUCUACCCACAACCAGCUUUGGUUUGAUUUUCCCACUUUUUUUGCAGAUAUUUAUGGCUGAGAACUUUUGGCUGUGUUGUAGUAUUUGCAAAUACUUACAUUUUACUUACUUUCAGGUUUCCUGGAAUUGAUUAUGCUGCUUGAAAACAGAAAUACUUAGAGAUCUGCUCCCUACAGGUUACUUGAAAAGUCAAGCAAUGAAGAUAGUUUAGAUAUAUACAGCCCUUGAUGAAAAGAAAGAGAUCAACAAUGGUGAAAUGGUUUCAUCUAAGGCAGUGUUACCAAAAAUGUGUGUUUUAUAAUGGAAGGAGAUGCUACACAAACAAUUCUCACUGAAAAGAUAUAUUUAAAUGAAUGAAAACAGCAGUUAAAUACACUUGUAAGUGGCUUUUGAUAAUAUAUUUGAGUUAUACGUUGACAGAUGUCUCUGUUUACUUCACAACUAAGGGCUAUAAUUUCAGGUUUCAUUGCAGAUGGUUAUCAUAACGAAGCUUCAGAUCUGAGUAUCACAGAUUUUCAAAGUCAAAAAAGGGGAUAAUUGGUAGAAUUAUUCCCUCACACACACUCUAAAAAAUGCUGGGUUAGAAACAACCCAAGUUGGGUUGAAAAUGGCCAAACUUAGUGGUUGGGUUAAAUGUUUGCCUAACCUGCUGGAUAGUUUUAUUUAAAUCAAUUAUUGUUUAAAAAUUAGUAUAUGACUAGCUUAAAAUGAACCCAAAAUAUGUUGGAAAUUAAAAAUCAGACACACCAUUACUAGGCAACAAUAAUGAUCAAAAGGUAAACACUUUUUAAUAAGCAAUUUAAUAAAUGUUUAUUGUUAAUGUUCAUUUAUUAAACAUUAAUAAAUGUUAAUUUCCAACACAUUUUGGGUUCAUUUUAAGCAAGCAAUACAGUAAUUUCUAAACAAUAGUUGGGUUAAAUAAAACUACCCAGCAGGUUGGGCAAACAUUUAACCCAACCGCUGGGUUUGUCCAUUUUCAAUCCAACUUGGGUUGUUUUUAACCCAACAUUUUUAGUGUGCAGUUGUUUCAAACUGGCAAAAGAAAAGAAAAAAUGUUCAGAAAUAAGAUUGAGCCGUCAGAUUGAAGGCUUCGUCCACUUCUGCUGUUCUCUCUUUCAUACAUUUUCAACAGUAAAGGUGAAAAAAUAACUUUACCUGGUUUACCAUACUGACAACUUGUUUUGACCUUUACUGCCAAAGUGUAAUUGUUUUGUCAGAUUGGAAAAAAAAAAAAGAAAAAAAAAAGAAAAAAUCGUUCUGUGAUCCAUGUGUCCAGUCAUGCCAUGUAACAAUAAUCGAAAUAUGUUACGAAAGUUGUAGAAAAACACAGAAAAGAUGUUUUUCCUGUUUCAUGUCCUGCAUUUUACACAAACGUCACAAGUCACCUUAAUAAAUGUGACAUUAUGUCAAAUUUA